AUGUCAUACAAAUCGAUUCACGAGCAGUUUGUAAGCGGAUUGAAUGGAACUACUCUGUCGGAAGUUUCUGUUCAAACGGCCUUUGGUGCUGCUUCCAUUUUUCUGCGAGACACAAGUUUUCUUUUGUUUGGUGUACAUUCUUCCAAAAUAGAUUGUUGGUUCCAGCUAGCACUUGACUUCACACUACUUGUUGUUCCUGUGCUGUUGGCACAGACCGUCCUCAGUGAUGUGUCAACCCAGCUCCUCAUUGCUCUGUGUGUAUGUAGUCUCCUCACCAUCCCAGCGUGCAUCAAACAGUUCUAUAAAAAUGUCAACAAUUCCAACCAACUGUCUGCCACAAGUUUGCUCUCUACUGAGAUGGGCAUGGUCAGACCUUUCAUAACAAACACACGAUCCUUUGUACUUAUAGCAACAGCCAUUGCCAUUCUGGCUGUUGAUUUUAAAAUCUUCCCACGACGCCUUGCGAAAACUGAGACUUUUGGGUCUGGUUUGAUGGACAUUGGUGUUGGAUUGUUUGUUUUUACAAAUGCUAUUGUUUCGCCAGAAGCUAGAGGUCGGCACACACACAUCAGUUGCUUUGUCAACAAGUGUGUGGCCAUCAUCCAGUCCCUGAAGGCUUCUUUACCUCUGUUAAUCCUUGGACUGGCUCGGAUGCUGGCUGUCAAGGGAGCUAACUACCAGGAACACAUCACAGAAUAUGGGGUUCACUGGAACUUCUUUAUUACUCUUGCUGUUACAAAGGUUUUGUCUACCAUUUUGUUUGUGAUUGUUGAUCCCAUGUGGAGUGGGCCUCUCUCUGUGGUUUUAGCCGUUUUCUACCAAUACUGGCUGUCCACUUGUGGUCUGUCGCAGUACAUCCAGCUUGGUCUUGAUGGUAGGGGAGGACGGUCGGGACUCAUUGAUGCCAACCGAGAAGGAAUCUACUCUUGUGUUGGAUACUUGGCAAUCUAUUUGGCUGGUGUACUGACAGGAAGGUUUUUGUUUAAGAAGAGAACAAAGCUGUGUGAUUGGUUGUGGUUCUUUGUAACCUUGACUACCAUAUCAACAAUACUGUGGUGUUUACUGUCUUACUGUGUGACAGCAGUGCAGCCAAUCUCCAGAAGGAUGGCUAACACUACUUAUGUGAUGUGGAUUGUUGCACUUGGAAUCUUUCUCGUGUGUACGUUUCUGCUGGAAGAUUUGAUUAUCACAGGUUUGAAGUCCAUAGUCCAGUUUCAAAGGUCAGACAAGGAGCAGAAGCAGCAAGGUCUCCUGGCAGCAGUCACCUUCAAUGGUCUGCUCUACUUCCUGCUAGCAAACAUAUUCACAGGAGUGAUCAAUAUGACGGUUUCCACAAUCUACGCAUCACCUACUACAGCAUUCGGCAUCAUUGUCAUCUACAUGUUCGUUUUGUCAGCUAUAGUCAUGACUUUGUUUAGAAGAAAUAUUUCAACAAAAUGUUGGUGAAAGAAACAUUAUUUCAUAAAAUGCUUUCAAAAGUAUACAUUCCUUGGUGUCAACAAUUUCAGCAUCUGCAACAGUAUUGUUGUCAUUUCUGUCUGUGAUACAAUAUUAUUAUUUAGUAAUAAAAUGUAUGAAAUUAA